AGGCGGAAGUUGUCACUAUUGCUAAGCAGAGGAGGUUAUAAUGAGUCUAAAGUCGGCGUUAUUUCCCUUAUUCUCAAUUUACUAGAUACACCGUUUAUGGCGUUUAACAGAGAAAAACUAGGGCGUCUUUGUGUUGCGAUAAUCUUGUCUUUGUCGACUUGGUAAAGCUUCUCAACUUAGCUUUAGCUUGCUAGCUGCCAACAAGCAGACGGCGGAAGUGGUCUGGUUUCGAUAAAUCACGACAGCAGCGCGCUCGUCAAGAUGUGUAAAGUCCGAAUGCUGAGGGCUUUGGUGGCGAGGCGGCUAACCGAGGCCGCCGACGAUAUAUUCGGCCUCUUUGAGAGGACGAUAACUGAGUACGAGGAGGAACUGUGUCGCUCCAAAGAGGAGAACGAGCGACAGCGACAGCUACUGGACACGUUUCUCAAGUCUAGUGUACAAGUACACGUUCAAGACAUACCACAGCCGACCGACAUGAAAGAAGAGGUGACCCUCGACAGGCACGAGUGGAGCGCCAGUGCAAAAGAGCAAGAAACACUGGAAUCCCGCCACAUUAAAGUGGAAGAAGUCUGGACCAAUCCGGAGGGAGAAACUGGGAACAGGCCAGGUGAUGAAGUCAGGUCCUCACCCCUUCAACACAGAAAAAGUCAGGAAAAUGUUGAGCCAAAGCUUCGAACCAGCAGCUUGUCAGCAGAAACUGCUGAAGACAACCGCGAAGCACCGCAACCGUACAGCCGCUUCGAUAUAUCUGCUGACCACAUGACGUCGGACUCAUCCGACGAGACUCUUAACGGUAACACAGACUCCCAGGGUCACAGCAAAAAGUUUCAGUGCGGCGACUGUGGCAAGAUGUACACGUCCAGAGCAAGCUUGAAAAGGCACAUGAUGAGUCACACCGGCGAGAGACCUCACAGUUGCUCGGGUCUUGAUAGCUGCACAAUUAAGUAUAACUGCACAAACAAGCCCAAGGUUGUGCCCCGGCAGAGUGCACCCACCUCUCCUGAGUGGGGUCCAGACUAUGUGGGAAUUGGUCAGGACAACCAUGUGCCUGUUCCCAUUAUAAAUGUAACGUGGAAGCUAAGGUCAGAUGCAAGUGUAUUAACACUCCGGGGGUCACAGUUGCAUAUUGUCGAUAAGCAUAUGAAUCCAAGUCUGUGUGUGCAGUUCAUUUACAGUAUCAACCAGCAGCUUAAUCCCAAUUUUACCAAGUGGACAUUUUCAUUGACUGGGGUGGUGGUGGAGGCUGGCCAUGUGUAUACACUUUCAGCUUUUAAUUUGCCACGACCCGAUUUUGGAGAUUACACCAUCACAAAGCAAGUUACUAUCCCAGGAUGUGAUGACGAGAGAAUCCGAAACUCCCAGAUGUGUUUGGAAAAUGGUAGCCUUUGGGACCCUCAAGUCACGACUGCUUUGUCAGUGGAGAAACAUCAAAUGUUGUCUAUUGUUGUGGGCUUUGAAGCAGACAACUAUUCCAACUUAUAUCACGUCUCCAUUCAGAGUGAUGGCAUCUAUUUCUCAAAGAAUGUUUCCAAGGAUUACAGAACAUUUCUGAAUGUCACCUUUGCCUUGGAUGUGUCACAGCUCUUAAAAUGUGAAUUGUCGAUAAUGGUGAGUUUUGCUUUGACCACUCCCCCGCUUCAAAAAAAGAUCUGUCUGUCUAAGUUGAAUGUUUGUUUUUUUUACUUACUUUUUUUCUUUUUUUUAAAGAUCAAGCCAUUUUUCACAAGGUGCAUAAAUGACGGCUGUCGUCCAGAGCAAAUGAAUAUCAAUUAUUGUUUGUAUUUUCCACCACGGACAGCAGUGAUUAAGGGCGCUGUGGGAUUGCUCUUUGUUGGUGUUUGGUUUGCCUCUCUGCUCUGGUGUGCAUCUCGUAAAGAUCAGGUCAGUGUGUUGUCAUCUGCCACUGACCAGCAGCUGCAAUGUUACCAGGUGCAAGAAAGAAAAAAAGUCCUCAUACUCUACUCUCUUGACCACCCUUUAUACAAAAACAUCGUCCUCAAGCUUUGUGCCUUCCUGACGGCCAAAUGUGGCAUUGAGGUAAUCCUGGAUCUGAUGGAUUUCACCCGACUGGGAAUACUGGGCCGUAUCCAAUGGCUAGACUGGCAGAGAGAGCGAAUGGAAGGCUCCUCAGAUAAGAUCCUCCUCCUGUGCUCACAAGGAGUGCAAGCCAAAUGGAGAGCCAUGUGUGGAGAGAAGCCGGUUCUCCUGAGGGAAGACUUGUGCUCGCCUGUGGGCGACAUGCUCACUCCAGCUCUCAGCCUCAUUGUUCCUCAUCUGGUGCACCGCGCUUCCUUCGAGAAGUACAUGGUGGCUUACUUUGAAGAGAUUUGCUCCCCGGAGGACAUCCCCUCGCCGUUCAACGUCACAGUUCGAUACAAGCUCAUGAAGCAGUUCGAGGAACUUUUCUUCCGAAUCCUGGACACCGAAAAGCACGGGCCGGGUAGGGUUUGUCACAUUGAAGGACUUGCAGAGGGCGAGUAUCACCACUGCCCCUCAGGUCGAGCCUUGGAGGAGGCCUUAGAGGUUUUCCGGGCGUACCAGCUGAAGCACCCGCAGUGGUUUGAAGAGGAACUAGUAGAGGACUUGGAAGUUGAGGAGCGAGUCCUAUAAUGCUGGGGUAUUAUUUUUAAAAGUGCAUACCUAUGAGGAUUGACAGACAGUAAAACAAACAUACUAAACCAAUACCUCCUCCCUAUCUUAACUCUUUGACUGCCAGCUGUUUUCAAAUCAGAGUUCUCCAUAUUGCCCGACGUUUUAGAGCGUUUUCACUGAUCUUUCAAGACCCACAGAAUAUUGUGUCCUGAGACAAUAAAAGCA